AUGUUAAUUAUUCGUACGAGAUUGAAAUUUCUUUUUUCUAUUUCAGGUAUACUGGGCGAUAUACAAUCCUACUUUUCAAUAGGAGAUGAUCAAGGAGGAUUAUUACAAACAGUAUUUGUGAUAUCUUAUAUGGUCUUUGCUCCAUUGUUUGGAUACUUGGGAGACCGAUACAAUAGGAAGAUUAUUAUGGCUUCCGGAGUAUUCCUAUGGAGUCUCACGACGCUUUUAGGUUCUUUAUGAAUGUAAAAUUUUGGUUUCUUCAUUACAUUCCGUGCACUAGUAGGAGUCGGAGAGGCUUCAUACAGUACGAUAGCUCCUACAAUAAUCAGUGAUCUUUUUGCCAAAGACAUCAGAUCUAAAAUGUUGGCAUUAUUUUAUUUUGCAAUUCCAGUAGGAAGUGGAUUGGGAUAUAUUGCCGGAUCAGCGAUGGCUCAUAUAGGAGGAUCUUGGCACUGGGCUCUACGAGUAACGCCUGCUUUGGGAUUAGUUGCUGUAAUUUUAAUUAAAUUUAUUCAGGACCCAGUACGAGGACAUAGCGAACAAAGUAUGGAUUUAGAACCAACAUCUUACACAGAUGAUCUGAAGUCAUUACUCAAAAAUCGUUCUUUCAUGCUGAGCACUGCUGGAUUUACUUGUGUGGCCUUUGUUACUGGUGCCCUAGCCUGGUGGGGACCUAAAUUUAUUCAUUCAGGGAUGAUUUUGCAGCCAGGAAAUCGAGAUGUCACUAUCAAUGAGGUCGCUUUUGUAUUUGGUCUUCUAACUAUGAUUUCUGGUCUUGUGGGUGUUCCUCUUGGCUCAUAUCUUAGUCAGAGUUUAAAGAAAACUUAUCCUAGAGCAGACCCUUUGCUGUGUGCUGCUGGUUUAUUAAUUAGCACACCUUUAUUAGCCGCUGGAAUGCUGGUUGUUCAGUUGAAUUCAACAGUUGCCUUUAUUCUAAUGUUUUUUGGUGAACUUGCAUUAAAUUUGAAUUGGGCAAUAGUAGCUGAUAUAUUAUUGUAUGUGGUCAUUCCAACUCGUAGAUCUACAGCGGAAGCAUUCCUUUUAAUAUCGCAUACAUUUGGAGAUGCAGGAAGCCCAUACUUGAUUGGUGUUAUUUCUGAGGCGUUAAAACCUUUGCUUAGUCCAUCGGGUGUAGCUGUUACUGCAUCAGCGUUAUUACUAAAUACACAAAGUGAAUCAAGCAUUGAUAAAAUUUCAUUGGUAGAAAAAUAUAGUAAUUAUAAUUCAUCUGAUUAUAGUUUGGAUGGACCAAAUUUUCGUUCAAUGCAAUACGCUCUCUUCACCACCAGUUUUGUGGAAGUUCUUGGCGGUUUAUUCUUCUUGUUAACUGCUGUUUAUAUAACAAGAGAUCGCUCAAAAGCGGAAAUGGCUGUAGAAGAUGGCCGAAUGGAACUUAGUGAAAGUUCAACUAGUGGCGAUUCAAAUGCAUAUUCACCUUCAUAACAUCAUGAGAUAGAUAUAACAUUCAUCGGGGUCACGUAGAAACUCAUUGUGCUGAUGAAUAUCAAGAUAUUUAAAUUUAAUAUAUAUAAAAAAAUAUUUUAAUUUAGAGGCUUUGUUUUAAAAGUUUUAUUAUAUACGAAUAAUUAUUAUCAUAUCAAGAA